CGGUGGUGCCACUAACUGUGGUACACAUGGUUUCAUGUAAAUGUAGUUUUUGUGAUUGGAUUAGCUUUCCUAACUGAAUUAAUGUCCAUAAAUCAAAGGUUGGAUUUGCCUACAUUAUUUAGUGACAGAAUGUGCUUCUGCAAUAAAAAGAUACAUUAAUUUGAUCCCUUUUUUACAUUUGACCGUGGGUGCCAAUAAGUGUGGUCGGUGCUGUAACUUUCUGAGGGGAAGUCCUCAGGAAUCUUUCUCUGCUUCUGCUCCUGAUGAUAUUUUCACGUAAAAUCAAUUUAUUUCCACAAAUCUCUUCAAAUCGGUGUUUUUGGGUCAAUAUUGUGUCUGUUUUUUUUUUUUUAUACAAUCAGAUGCAGUUUGUUUGCAUGAUUAUUGCUCUGGUUACUAACAAAGUUUAUGUCGGCUUUCUCCUACUCUGACCAGGUGGAUGGGUCAUGUAACAGUAACUACGGCUCUUCAAUGUUUCCCUCUUACAGUGACAGUGCUCAGCUGGCAGAGGUGCAACCUGGACGCCUUCUAGUUGUGUUUUUUUUUUUUUUUUUUUUGGGUUUAUCCUUUCCCUGGCUGCUGAUAACUGCACGCUGUGGUGUCUGUUUCAGGAGAAUCAUGCUUCUCCAUAUUAACCAGAGCACUGUCCAGCCCUGGAGACCUUUUUUAUAACUGCACUCAACAUGAGCCUGGUGUUUGGAAACAAUCCCUCUCAUAUGUUAGCAUGCAUACAGCCCAAUACAGCUGUUCAGAAAACUCCUUCUCAUUCCGAAACUUUAAAAGAAAUGUGCAGAAGUUGAUAAAUAUAUUGUUUAAUUUGCUAAAAAGAAUACUGUGCUUGCUUUGUCUGCAGGAUUUGCUUCAAGAAGUCAAGCAGCUGACUAGCAAAGUGCAGGAGCUGGAGGGAGAGAAGAGUCGUUAUGAGAGGAAACUCAGGGCCACCAAGCUCUCCAUCUCUUACUCUCUCCAUGUGUGUUACCAGUCGCUCAUGACCCAGCUGUCCAGCCUCAAGCUGACUGUGGAGCACACACAGCUGGAGAAGCAGCACUGGGAGGAGCGCUGGCGCAGCGCACAGGCGGAAAUCUCAGACAUGCAGCAGCUUCUGGCCUCUAAAGACACAGAGAUCGAGUGCUUGCAGACCCAGCUGCUGGCCAGAGGCAGCAGCGCCAACAACAGCGCAGAGAGAGAGGAGGUGUAUAUCAAGCAGCUGAUUAGCAAAUACCAGGAAUACCAGAGGCUGAAGGUGGGGAUGGAGUCUUUGUUGGCUUCAAAUGAUGAAAAGGAUCGUCGUAUAGAGGAGCUGACCAUCCUGCUUGGCCAAUAUAGAAAAAUUAGGGAAGUUAUGGCACUCACACACGGAAGUAGUGAAGAAGAGCUGAGCAGCAGUUUCAAGCCAAAAGCUAUCACACACAAAGCUCAUUCCGAUAUCAUCCGAUCAGAGAUGUCAUCAAGAGGAUCUUCUCCUCUCAUGCUGUCUUCAUCUCCCUUUCAGAGAGAACCAGAUUCCAGUUUCCAGAACUCUAUGGACACGUCACUGAUGACUACUGGUGAAACAAGUUUCUUAAAUGGAUCACUGCAUCGACACAGACUACUCUCCAGCAGCCUUGAAGAGUUGCAAAGUGGAAGUUUUCAAAAGGCUGUAGAGAUCCAGCCAGUUGAAACUGAAUCAGACGUAGGGGCAGAGAGUCCCCACAUGGAGCUGAGCAAGUACCAAACUCUGCCAGGGAAAUUGAGUAAAAAGAAACAACCCAAGGAUGAGAUGAAUGGCACCAGAGGCAGAGACACAGAGUAUUUAUCUCCUGUUCAGCUCUCACCUGCUCACAGCAAAGACUACACCCUCAUUCGGUGCAGGAGUGCCAGCGCUCCAGCUUUAGGUACUGUAUGUCCUCACAGAAACUCAAAGGUCAACAUUAUUCAUCCAGAAGAAUUGAUUCAAUAGAAUGAUGUUCCUACACUGAAGUCAGGGCAACAAAAACAGCACUUAGCUCCUGAAGAAAACAGGAUUUUCCCUGUCACAGUAAAGCCUCCGGAGUGAGGAGAGUAAGGCCGGGAAAAAAAAAACGUUUUCACGGAGGAUCAAGCAGCUUUAAAGCCAGGAUUAGGAGGACUCCCUCAUGACUCAAGAAGGCUGAUGAAGAUAAACCCUGGCUCUUUCUCUGACAUCAGCAUUUGCUUUAAGUUCGAGCUAUAAGCUCAUACCCAACACACUGCUUCUGUCGAGCCGAGCCUUAAAGUAGGAGGGGAAUCAAAGGGCUACGAGAGGACGAAGCGUGCAGAUUUAAAGCUUGUAAAGGAGUACCAGCGUAAACAAAUAUUACAUGAGCUGACUUCCUUUUCUGCUUUCCUGGCCUCACACAGCCUGCUCUGUAGCUCAGAGCAAGACAUUCAUGUGAAGAAUCUAGAAAUAAACAGGAGUGAAACUAGAACAUCAGGUAGUUUAAAUACUGGAGGGAGCAACUUUAACUAAAAAAAUAGCUGUUGGCACCAACCGGAGGCCUAUGAAUUCGCAUUUCACAACUGUAGAACAAAAUGUGCAUCUAAACAGUAUUUAUUUUAAAGAUCAAGUAGGUGUGACUAAUGGUGGCCUUUGCUUUGUUCUUCCUGCUUUCCUCUUGCUGCACUAACCGCCUCUGUCUCAGGCUCUCCGGGGAAACAUGACCUCUAUG